GUCCGUGGCGAAUAACGUAAACAAUUGAGAGGUUAUAUACCGUUUCGUGAACUUUUAGGCGUUAUUUCCGCAAUGUCUUCGGGUUCUGACUCCGACAGCGGCUCGAACCGGAGCCGCAGUCGUUCGCGGACUCCGGGAAACGCGAAAUCCCCGUCGAAUUCGCCGCGGUCGCCGGGUAGCCCCGGCAAAGGGAGGUCCGCGUCGAACUCGAGAUCCGGUAGCGUCGCAUCGGAUCGAUCUCAACGGUCGGCGAGUCGUGAAAAUUCGCCUGCCGACUCGAACAGGUCGCGAUCUCGUUCGCGAGAAUCCGCGGAUUCGAGAAAAUCGGACAAUACCCGCCGAUCGAGGUCGGGGUCUGUCGAAUCUAAAAAAUCAGGCGUCCGUUCGCGAUCCGGAUCAGCGGCGUCCGAUACUUCUAAAAGGUCUUCUAGGAGAUCGGACUCGCAAGCAUCCAGUAGGUCGGGCUCGCGAGAGUCGCAGACUUCUAGGAGGUCCAGGUUGUCGAAGAGAUCAGAUUCGCGGGGUUCAAGGAGAUCAGGUUCCAAUGCGUCUGUGGGUUCCAGAAAGUCGUCGAGGGCUUCGAAGAGCAGGUCGAACAGCCCCAACCUUCAAAUAGACGAGGGAAAAUCGGACGACGACGACGAAGGAGCAGAGCCCAAAAAGAAAAGUAGGGUGUUGGAUUCGGACAGCGACGAGGGCGAAGCGAAAAGCGUAGAAGGGGACAAGGGUGUGAGCGCGGCCGCUAUUUUCGGUGACGACGCCGACGACAUAAGCGAGGACAGUGACGACGACGUGACCAAAGGCCGGCCGGAUAAAAAAGAAGAAGAGGAAGAAGAGCGAGCUGAGGUUACGGGCGACGAGAAGGAGGCGGGACGUUCUGACGACGACGCGGAUGUCGCGAGGGUGGGCGACGACGCUGAUGAUAAGGAGAACGAGCCUGAGGUGAUACCGGAGACGCGUAUCGACGUCGAGGUGCCGAAAAUAAGCUGCGACCUCGGCAGGGACAUAAAUUUCGUCAAGCUGCCGAACUUCUUGUCAGUGGAGACGAGGCCCUUCGAUCCGGAAACGUACGAGGACGAGAUCGACGAGGAGGAAACGCUGGACGAGGAGGGCAGGGCCAGGUUGAAGCUCAAGGUGGAGAACACGGUCAGGUGGAGAGAGGUGGUGGACAAGGAGGGCGACGUAAAAAAAGAGUCGAACGCGAAGAUCGUUAGGUGGUCGGACGGCUCGUACAGCUUACACCUCGGCUCGGAGAUAUUCGACGUCUAUAGGCAACCUCUCCAAGGCGACCACAACCACCUGUUCAUACGACAGGGAACCGGCCUGCAAGGCCAGGCGGUGUUUAGGACGAAGCUGAGCUUCAGGCCGCAUUCGACCGAGAGUUUCACGCACAGGAAGAUGACGUUGUCGUUGGCGGACAGGUCGCAAAAAACGUCCGGCAUCAAGAUACUGUCGCAGGUGGGCGUCGAUCCCGACCACGACAAGGCAAUACGGUUGAAAAAAGAAGAAGAGAAACUGCGCCAGACCGUGAAGCCGAAAACGCAAAGGAAGAAGAGCGAUUCGGCGUCGAGAUCGCAGGCGGCCCGCGACACGUACCGUGAAGAGGAGGGCAGCGACGACGAGGGUGCCAUUUCGAUCAGCGCCAUUAAAAACAAAUACAAGGCGGGGGCGGGCGGAGUGUCGAAGGGGGGCGCGAUUUAUUCAUCCGACGAUGAGGGUUCGGACAUCGAAAACAGAAGGGUGAGGAAGUCUGACAAGCCGAAGGCGUUGAAGGAUUCGGACGAGGAGAGCGACAGCGAAUAGGUUAGGUUCGUUUAUUUGUAAGAAGCGGCGACAAACAAAUAGUUUAUACGAGAGAA